CCAAAUUCGAACCAACCAGCAUAUUUAAAACUACCAUCAAAUUUAUUUACAAAACGGCCUUUUAACGGCUGUUUGAAGUGUUACCAUUCGAACAUGGCAGCCGUAUAUUGUCUCAUCAGCUGAUUCGUGGCUUUCUGGCAACCUUGUGCAAUUUUGCUUCUCAAACUAUUUUACAGAAACAUUGCUAAACAAGUUUAGUAAAUAAUACAUUUUAGUCCAUUAGCUUAAGUCCAAACAAAUAAAACAAAAAAGCUCUCGCUUGGCAGGUGCUCAAAAAUGGUUAUCGGCCUGACACCCGGUUCGGUACUAUGUUGGAUGAAUAAACUGACAAAUGGGACAAGCACAUCACACAAAAUCCUGGAGCGGUGUUUACAUUCAAUUAUGUCCGAAGAUGAGGCAAUUGAAACUUUAGAUGUUGCUAUCAAAGAGGGCGUUUUAGUUUAUACACCAAAUGCCAAAUCUGCUCCAGCGAGUGUCAAACGAGGCUUGCUCAGUUUUACGCAAAAGCUAAGCAAACAAAGAGCCAAGACAGAUCCAUAUUGUUUUGAAUGUCAUUUGCCCACCUCUGGACUUGUACAGAAAUGUAUCAUGUGUGUUCGAUCCUUUCACGUUGAGUGCCAACGUAAGAAUCCCCUACGCCCCAAUUACUCGGUGCCUUCCGAUCGGUGUCAGCAAUAUCGAUUUCCUCUCAAUGAAUCCGAUAUGGAAGAGUCCAGCGACCAGGAGGCAUCUCGAAGCGUAAGUGAUACAUUGGAAGCACAAAGAUUGCAGGAACUUGCCUCGUGUGAACUCGAUUGUAAUAGCAACAUUAAUAUUAUAUCACAAAAUCCCUUGAAAGACGAAUCCGACAGCUCGGAUGAUGUGUGCUUCGUUAGUGAGCAGCUGCCGCGUAAAACAAAAAAUUACGGCACAUAUGUGAAAAGUGAAGAGACCCCGCACAAUGAGGACAAUAAUGAGCUACUGUUGUGCACUCCGUGUCGUCUAUUAAAACUGGCCGAAUUCCUAAAUCCGCCGCACAUGUCCAACGAGGAACUCAACUACCUUUUGAACUAUUCAUGGCAGAUGCAUCACACUUGGGUAGAGAAUGAUGUGCGCAAAUAUAUGGUGAAUAACUGGAGUGAUCGUGAUGCGACACUUGUUAAGAACAUACUCUUCGUUAAUGAUUUACUCAGCAUCUCGGACAUUAGCCGAAGCAUCGAAACAAAGAAAUUCAAGCACUUAUCCGAGUUUCUUGUCGAUUUACUCGACUUGCAGCAUAAUAUUGGCAUCUUUUUUGGCACCAAGUGUGAGGAGUACAAUGCCACCAAGUGGCUUCUACGUGAUAUUACCCAUGAUCUGCGUGAAAUAAGUCGUUGCUCCGACUGCUUUCGCCAUUCUAUUGAAUCAAAUCGAUCUGACUUUUGGUUUGCCAAACCCUGCACUCAGCGUCACGAGUUGGUUUACGCUAAGCAGAGUGGUUAUCCCCACUGGCCUGCUAAGGUUAUUCGCGUGAUGAGCAAGAAAAACAACACUUACGAUGUACGUUUUUUUGGUGGCUCCCAUUCGCGCGCACUAGUUCCGGCCCGUGAUAUACUACCAAUAGACACAGAUACUUCGAAACUUAAGAUAAAGUCAUCUCGACAAUAUAACAAUGCGAUGCGUGAACUGAUGUGCCAUCAAAUGUUAUUGCACCAUCCCAUUUAUUCGUUUAGUUUUCAUGCCGAUCCUCGCGAAGCUGAAAAUAUUAUUAACUCGGCACUUCCUCAUUACAUGGAGCCAUGUUCCCGUUCCGCGAAACGUGCUCGAUUAGCUACACCUAAACUCAACACACGAAGAUCGACAGCAGAAACUACUCCAAAUUUGCCCCAAAGAGUUCUGCCGAGGCGUCGUUGCAGAAUAGCCCAAGGACCAGAAAAUCUUCAGGAUUCGACAUUCCAAAUGGCAAGUAGUGUGAUCCCUUCACUGGCACCGGAGCUGCAGGUUUCACUAUUACCGGAGGUGCAAGUUUCACUGGCGCCGGAGGUGCAAGUUUCACUGGCACCGGAGGUGCAAGUUUCAAUCGAAGAUUACAAUGAAUUAAUGCGGGAAGUAUUACAUUUAAAUGCGCAACUAUCACAGAAAAAGGCUGAAGUGGAUAUUAAGAGAGAAGAAUUAAAGGCGGUGAAGCGCAAGCGAUGGUGUCAACUUUGCCUAGAGGAAGCUCAAUUCGACUGUUGCUUCAUGGCAUCUUACUGCAGUGUUGUGUGUCAGCGUCGCGACAAACGUCGUCAUCAAACUAAUUGUAAUCUCCAAGAGAAAACCUAGUUUUAAAUAAUUUCUGCUAUAUUAGUAUUAUUGUUACUGACAAACUGUGUGUAGAUAAGAAAAGUAUCAUAUUGUGUAGA